UUGGUUCUGUCUAUUUUAGUCGAUUUAUUGUUCAAACGUAAUGCAUAGAUACACAGUCAAUAUUAAUUUAUAUCAAAGUUAACUAGUGCUUCGUUCUUAUGUCGAAUUAUUAAUUACUUAUUGUCCGAGACAAAAUAUAUUAUAAGUGUUGAAUAAAUAUAACAAAAGUGCUAUAAAUAUAUGCCAUAUGAAUGCCAACAUUCAGUGCACAUUUGACAAUAGUGGAAUUUUAUGCUGAUUGGAAAUUUACACCGAUUGAAUUAUGAAAAAGUUAACACAUUUACCUUUAGUAACAAGAUUAUCUAAAAAUAUAAUACGAAUAUUAGGAUGUAACGAAGGAUUUAUGACAUUACAAGGUACAAAUUCAUACCUUGUUGGUACUGGCAAUAGACGUAUAUUAAUCGAUACAACUGAAAAAAAAACUGCAAAUGAUUAUAUAAAAUUAUUAUGUAGAGUGUUAAAAGAAGAAAAAGCAACUAUUGAACAUUUAUUAAUUACUCAUUGGCACAUUGAUCAUUUAGGAGCAGUGAAUUCUGUUUUAAAUAUGUUAAAAACUAUAAAUACAAAAAUAAAAAGUACAGUAUGGAAAUUUCCAAGAACUCCAGAUGAUAAAAAUUCAAGAAACAUGGAAAAUUUAUUUAAAUGGGAAAAAUUAACAGACAAACAAAUUAUAGAAGUAGAAGGUGCUAAACUUGUUGUGGAAUAUACUCCAGGACACGCAAGUGAUCAUGCUUCCUUUAUGAUGGAAGAUGAAAAAAUAUUAUUAAGUGGAGAUUGUAUUCUUGGAGAAGGUACUGCUGUAUUUGAAGAUUUAAAUACUUACAUAGCUACUCUGAAAAAAAUGUUGACAAUGAAACCAAAAAUUAUCUAUCCUGGACAUGGACCAAUAAUAGAAAAUCCAGAAAAUAUAAUUAAUUUUUAUAUUGAAAACCGAUUAAAAAGAGAAAAUGAUAUUUUAAAUAUUCUAGAACAAAAUGCAAAAAAUAAUACAUUGUCUGAAUUGGAUAUUGUAAAUCAUUUAUACACGGAAGUUUCAUCAAAGAAUAUGAGUAAAGCAGCAGUCUAUACUGUAAAAGGUCAUCUUGACAAAUUAUUAAAAGAAGGUAAAGUGAAAGGUGAAACAGGAAAAUGGCAAAUUAUGUAACUAAUGUUACUUAAACAAAGUUAUUUAAUUUAAAAUUAUGAAUUGUCAAAUAAUAUAUUGCAAUUGUAAAAUAAUAUCUGUAAAUAUGAUAUAAAAUGGACAAAA